AUGGAAGGUGGAAGCGUUGAAGCCGGUGGAGAAAAUCAUUUGCAAAAUGUUUUAUCACAAACAGAAAUCGCGAAUAUACCCAACCCGAUCGCGGUUAAAAUAAAUAAUUAUAUAGAUCAGAAAUUUGGAGAGUAUUUGACCUCCAAGGCUCUUCAUGAAACUUGCAAGUCUCAAAUCGACGAGAAAGUCGCAACCUUAGAAGCGACCAUUGUCGAACUAACAGCCAAGUAUGAAGAAUCAUCUUUUAAAUUGCGCACUGCCGAUGAAUCCGUUGCGGAAUUAACCAAACAGUUGGAAAACUUAAACGUGGAACUUGAGAAAGCACGCAAUAAAAUUUUCCAGCUAGAAAAUGAAAAUAUUUCACUCAAAAGUGCAAGAGACGCUGCUGUUGAUGAAAGAAAUGACUUGACUCGUAUCCUUCAGAGACGUGAUUCCGAAAUCGAAAGACUAACGGCUAGUGAAGCUGCCUUGUCUCAACAACUUCGUGCCGCUAUAGAUGCUAAAUGUGAGGCGCUUGCUUUGAAUGAUGAAAUCCAAAGCAAAGAAUUGUCUCUUCAAUAUCGCGAAAAGAGAAUUGAACAAGAAAGGACCUUGCUAAACUCUCAAAUUGCUGGCCUCACGGAAGAAGUAAAUAGGUUGACGUCUGAACUGCAAACUGUAAGGUUAAAUAACACCAGCAGACUUGUUAAUUUGGAGACGCAGUUAGCUGAAAAGAUAGAAGAAUUAAAUGCAGCAAAUGAAACUAUUAACCAACUAAAUGAGGUUAAGAAAAAUUUGAAUAAUCGUGCAGAAAACCUCACACAGCGUCUUGCAGAACAAAGAGAAAUCGAAAAUAAAAUGACUGAGAAUUAUAAAAAAGAACUUGAUGCAAAAACUAAACUGGCUGAUUUAUUCAAAGCCAUGCACGAUGACGCCGAAGCCAAAACUAUGGAGUUGACUGACGGUAUUACAGAGUUGCAGAAAUUGCUAAAUGAGGCCACAGAAAAAUAUGGCGAAUUAGAAACAAAAUACAAACAGGCUGAGAUAGAUCACGAAGAAUCAAUAGAAAAGAAAAAAGAAGUUAUAUCAUCUUUGAAAAGUGAAUUAGAACAUGCCAAUGAUUUACUUAAAGCGGCCAAUGCUCAUAAUUUGGAUAUGGCAUUAAGUGAUCUGGCUCCUUCUGCAGCCACAGCAAGCAAACUCCUCAAGUCUGGAAUGUCGUUAACUCAAAUAUAUUCCCAAUUAGUGAAAGUAACCGAUGAACUUUCCCAAGAGAAGGAAGAAAACAGACGUCUCAAUGCGACAAUCAACACAAUAGUCCAAGAGCUGGAGGAAAAAGCGCCACUUUUACAAAAACAAAAAGCAGAGUACGAAGAAGCUCUCGAAAGUAACGCAGCUUUAACUCAGCAGAUAGAUUCAUUGGUAAUUGAAUGCAGCAGACUUCGUGACGACUACAGCGAAUCUUCGAAAAUUGCCAAUCACUAUAGUCGAGAGCUCAGCAGACUGAAAGGUGAAUUAGCUGAUUUGGGAAGACAGGUGUGUUUCUUGUUAAAGGAAAUAGAACAUAGUCGAGGGGGGCUUUUACCGAACGGAGACCACGACUCAUCUCAAACUGCUUCUAACGCUACAAAUUCUUCUGAUCUUAGCUCGUCACGAAUUAUAUCAAAGACGUUGGUCACUUUCAGUGAUAUACAAGAGUUGCAAGCGAAUAACCAAAAAUUAUUGCGUAUGAUUCGGGAACUCACUGAGAAGCACGAAGAGCUUGAGCGAAACAAAGAACAAUUCGAAAGCGGUGAAAUGCAAAAUAAGAUAGAAUCAUUGAAAAAUCGCGUUUCAGAAUUGACAGAAGCUCAAGACCGUCAAACGAAAAUGGUGAAUGGUCUUAUUAGACAACGCGACAUGUUCAAGAAAUUAUAUCAUGAUCUUAUGAAAGGUAAGCGUCAUGAGUUGUCAUCUUUCGUAUUAGAGGGAGCAGAUUUAGAAAAAGGCGACUCAUUUGCAAUGGAAGCAUCGCCUGAAAAGCCAUCUAAACCUGUAGGAAAUACCGAUCCAUCUGUGUUUGAAAUAAAAUGGAAGGAAACUGAAAAGCAUUUAGAACUUCUUAAAGAGGAAUACAAAACUUACAAAGAAGAAAAGGUGACCAAUGAAAGAAUGUUGUUUGAACAAAUUGACAACAUGAGACAGGAUAUAGCAAAACUUACAGCGGCCAAUAGCAAAUGUGCUUCCACGUCAGAGUACAAUAAUGAGCGACUUAAAAUAUUGCAGACUAAUAUAAAUACGUACAAAAAACAAAUAGCUUCUCUAGAAGAUAAAAAUAAGGCAUAUAACGCCACUAUUGCGAAACAUGAGGUAUCUUUACAACAUUUGAGAGAUGAAGCACUAAACGCUCAGAGUAAACUUGCUGCUGCAGAAAUACAAGUUGAAAAUUUGAAAUUAGAAUGCAAGUUGCUUAAGGAUACAGAAGUUCGUCUUCAAACUGAAAAGGAAAUGGUCAAUCGUGAAAGACAAGGUCAGUCUUUGCUAUUAAAGAACUUGGAACUUAUAAAAGCUAGCCUUGAACGAGUAGAAGUUGAAAAUCGUGCCAAAAUAGAAUCAAGGCUAGAUGAAGCCACCAGAGAGUGCUCAGCUUUGAGGAGAAGACUUCAAGAAGAACAGGACCGGUUUAGGGAACUCGCAGCACACCUUGAACGUCAAACAGAAACAGCAAAAUCUCGUAUGCAGGAGGAGAAGGAUGCAGCAGAUUCAAUGAGAAAAGAAAUUAUACAACUAAGACAAGAUUUAGCCGAAAAGAGUAAAUCGAAUGAAGAACUGGCCAAGAAACUGAAAGUAGCCCUUUCGCCUAACACCGAUGGCUCAUUUGACACUAUUAAGAGAAUUAGGGAACUCGAGAAUAAAUUAACGGAUAGAGAUGGAGAAAUCAAAUCUCUUCAAGAACAAUUAACCGUGGCCAAAGAACAUAUAAAGCAAUAUUGCGAUAUCGCUGAAAGUUCAGAAAAAGAACUAAAGACAUUAAAUAGUGAAUAUGAGAAAUACAAGACAGAAACAGAAGCUAAGCUGGCGGAAUAUUCUCAGAAUCUACAGAAACUUGAAGAUACAUGUUCUGAAUUAGAAGCAGAGUUGUCGCUUCAAGGUAGUGGUGAACAUUCCACUAGUAAUAUUUCUCUUAAAAAUGAGUUAGCCAAUGUCAAAGAACAAUUAAAGGACACAUUGACUAAUUUAGAAGGUUGCCAAUCAGAACUUGAUAGUGCACGGCGUGAAAUUUCCAAGUUAUCUGAGGCUGCUCAUAACGCAGAGGAAAAGUAUAGUCAUGAAAUGAUAUUACAUUCUGCCGACAUUCAAGCUUUGUCGCAGGUCAAAGAGGAAUUAUCAAGGGCUCAGAAUCAAAUAAACGAAUUAGUUGCUUUUAAGAAUAAUGCUAUUGAACAAAUAGAGUCAGAAAAAGCGUCUUGGGCUGAAAGGCAAAAGCUAUUCAUUCAAGAAAAUGAACAAUUAUCGCAGAGAUUCCAAGACUUGAACAAACAAAAUGCAUUAUUACAUGACCAAAUUCAAGCUCUUGGUACUCAAUUGUCAGUUUCUCAUGCAUCUAGGUCUAGGAACGAGAGUAUGAACGAUUCUGCCAAUGAAUCUGCAAUGAAUGUCUCCAUUGGUGAAGAUGAAGGGAAAUCCUCAGAUCAACUGUUCCAAGUUAUUAAAUUCUUGAGGAAGGAAAAGGAUAUUGCUAUGGCCAAGUUUGACAUACUACAAGCUGAAACAAUGAGACUCAAGUCUCAAUUAGAGAUAACCGAAAAACAACUAGAUGAUGCUAAAUUAAGUCUUGCAGCUGAAAGGGAAAGGGCUGAGGUGAGCAUUGUAACUGUCAGCAGGCAGUCUGACAUUUUGAGGAAAGUGGAAACAUUGAAUGCAUUGACUGAUAGCAACAGGAUUUUGAGAGAAGAACGUGACAGCUUGGCCGCGAGGGUUGAAGAACUUACAGCUACCACUAAAGCUCUAGAAGAACAACUUGGACCUUUGCAAGAAAAGAUUGGAGACAUCACAGCUAAAAACGACACUUUACAAUCAGAAAAUACAUCUUUGAAGGCUGAUUGCGCAAGGUGGCGUACCAGAGUAAACGCACUAGUCGAGCGUGCGAACAAAACGAGCCCUGAAGACUGGAAACGUCUCCAAAACGAAAGGGAUGCCCUGGCUAAAAUGUUAACGGCUGAAAAAGAAAACGUCAGAAAACUGAACGAAGAGUUAGGAUCCAUUAAACUGGAAAAAACCAAACUGGAAGAACAAUACACUGUAUUAUCACGACAACAUAACACUCUUGCGGAAGAGAACAAGAAAUUGAAUGAAGAAUUACAAGUUCUCAAAGACGACAUGACCCGUGUAAUAGAGGAGUUGACUAAAAUUAAGACUGAGCUUUCUACCGCUCAAGAAGUGCACACUAAAUUGACAGAGGAAUUGUCGGGUAAAGACGCAUCUUUAACAGAUAUUAGAAAUAAAGAAAUGCAGAUAAGAAAGAUUGCUAAAAAAUAUAAAGGGCAAUAUGAGGAAUUAGUAAAAACGGUUGAAGAUGAAAAGAAAAAGAACGAGGGAGAAGCAGCUGCCGCGAGCUCCGCGCUGGCAGAAAGUAGUAAGAAAGUGGAAGCUCAACUCAUUGAACUUCAAUCUCAGUUGGAAACCGAGAAAGCUAAUAACGAGAAGCUAAGACAAGAACUUGAAACCCUUAGGACAGACAAAGAGGACAGAGAAGAAAAGACGAAACAAGUGCUGAAACAAGCCAAAACUAAAAUAUGUCAGUUGACCGAGAGAAACAACGCACUAACUCGGGAACUGGACGAAUCCCGUACUAAAAUAGAAACAGUAGAGCAGAGCACUCGCGACGAACAAGAUGUCAGAUUGGCAUUAAUUAAAUCGCAAUAUGAAGGACGCCUAACACGCCUUGACAAAGAAUUGAGCGAGGCCCAAGCUGAACGCACUAGAGAAGUUGAAGCUUUGUUGCAAAAAGUAAAUAUGCUGCAGAGGCAGUUAGCAAGCCAGACUUCAGCAUCAAAGCAACAAACGACUACCGAAAAAACUACCACGGAUCCUCCUACUGCCAACAUCAAACCUAUGGCAGGUGUAGCACAACAGAGCGUGACUCCGAGCCGUCGCGGCGGCGAGACCCCACUGGCGUCGAUUCGCCCGAUGGCGCAGGUUGGCCCCACAGCGCCUCACGACGCACACACGACUGAAUACAUGCCCGCGUCAUCCUCGCGACCGUUGCCGCGUGCCGCGCUCGCCGCAUCCACCGCGCCUCCGGAGUCUACACAGGAUAUGGAUACUAGUGAAGCCGGUAUGGGCAGUUCUGGUUCGAGCGAUAGCACUGCUCAACCGUCCUCACACUCACAGGAUCAAAAACAGGCGGUUGCGCUAGUGAUGCCACGCAUCGAGCAACCGAGCGGCGGCCCGAGCUCAGGUAGCGGCACCGGUGUGGCAGCAGCAAGCUCUGCACCUUCCCCCAGCGUUACCAGUGGCGCCACCCCCGCGCCACCACAGGCGCCUCUGCCAGUAUCAGGUAGCGGUGCAGCGACGUCGGGAACAGGUGCCGCGGCAUCUGGCGGCGUGAGCACGUCUCACCCACCGUCCGGCGUCAGCACAUCCCACGCCGCACCGGCCGUGCCCGGCGUUAGCACUUCCCACGCGCCGCCUGAAGCAAGACCCGCCAAACGCCGCCUGCAGCCACGCCCGCUUGCCGCUAAGCGAACUCGCGUUCAGGGCUUCGAGCGUUCCGUAGAAGUGGAAUAUCAGGUGCCGACGUCGUCGCGUUGUGAUCAGGACGACGAGGGCGUAAUCGUCGUGGAUUCAGAGGAGGACGACGAGCGCUGCAGCGGCACUAUGUACAGGGAAGGUGAAGACGACGACGACGAUAUAGAGGAAGAGCAGGAGGUGGAGGGUGGCGAAGAGGAGGAAGAAGGUGAUGACUCAGAAAACGCAGCGCGACAGGAUUCGCCAGCACAAUCUCCCGAGGCAGGCGAGGAGGGUGAAGAGAGCGAGUUGGGCGACAGCGGUUCAGGGCCGGGUGGCGAGGCCGAUUCCGAACCCACGCCCGCUCCUGGCGCGCAGAUUGAGACCAUCAGCAGCGGCACCGAGCCGAGCGGUGCGCUCUCGUUGGGCGGCAAUGGCGGCGACGACGGUGACGACAGCAUAGUUCCUUCUACACCUACUCUCUACGUUCCACGACGCAAUGAUGGGUUCGGCGAGGCAGUUGUGUCGCCCCUAGGCGCAGGAGGUGCCAGUGGCACGAGCGGAGCGCGGUUUACCUUCGUGGAGGCAGGCGGCGCAGGCGCCGGUGCUGCCUCGCACCACGACACGCACGCCGACCUCACCGCAGCAUUACCCCCGCCGCAUCCACACCCCGCGCUUCACUCCGACUCGCGUGGUGAGACAUCAGAAACACGCGAAUGGGAAGAAUCACGAGUGGAAGAAGAAGCUGCCGCUGUUAGCUCGCAGGGCAGUGAGCCGUCCUCUCCGCAUCAGCGUGGCGAACGUGUGCAGAUCGCUGAGGAGGGUCGCGAGGCGGAGGCCAGUGCGCCCCCCGCGCCCCAGCGCCGCCAGCACCACCCCCCGCCGCAUUCGCCGCACCAACGCUGGAUGCGUGCUGCCGACAGCGAAAGUGGUACACGUGGACGGGGGAUGCGGUCGAGAGGACGACCCGCAAGAAGGUCCCAUUAUAUGAGGUUUUAGUAAAUCAAUAGAGUACCGUUACGCAACAUCCUUAUAUCUAUUUAGUAUUUUUUAUGAUUACCUAAUUAAAAUUAUUAUAAUACACUCAUGAUACGGACUAAUUAUUGUUACAAUGAGCUCAUCACUCUUGGCAUGUGAAAAAAAACCUUUUUAUUUCUUAAAUUCUCCUGUGGUUAUUACAAAUGGUGAUUGCUCGUAGAAAAGAAUGUGGCGAUUAAAUGAAUAAAAGAAAUUUAAUGAUUGACAUGAAUACGAUUAAGAAUUGACAUGAAGAACUUAAUUAUUUGCAAUUGAAAAUGUCACCAUUUUGUAUCUGGUGUGCUUCUAAAAUAUUUCCGUUUACAUUUCGUGCCAACUGUUGCGGAAUUUUUAUUAAGCUAAAAACAUUUUUCUUGAACGUUUUUCAUUGUUCAUUGUAUUAAUAAGUAUCAAAAUAGUAAUUAAGUGUUGCCUAUGAUAUGUUAGAUUUAAG